CCAGACGAACUACAUUCAAAAGUUGAUGUAUCCUUGGGUAUUGCCUUUAGUUAUCUGACACCAGAGUUAAAGCAGUUGUGUGUUAACCUGUCCCACUUUCCAGGCAAGUUCUCCAAAAGGAGUGCUGUUGCUAUCUUCAAUUUUGAAGGGAAAAUGCUAGACAAGUUAGUGCAGAGGUCUCUGCUACAAUAUGAAAGGAGCCAAAAGCAAUUCCAUUAUCACCAGCUGUUAAAAAUGUUUUUUACUCAAUUACUUCAAAAAGCUAUUCCAGAUAAUGUAAACAAAUUG